AUGUCCUCCAAUCAAAUCUCUUCGACUCGUCCAAAACAACCCUAUAACGUGUUGGGUCUCGGACAGCCUUUGCUAGAUAAAAUGUUCUUUGUGACCGAAACAACUCUGCAAGCUCUUGGCAUUAAAGAAAAAGGUGGUUCUCAGCUCAUUGAAACUCAACAAGAAUUAGAAUCCUUCUUACAAAAAUUAUCUGAACUUCUUCAAUAUGACUGCAACCAUUGUUUGGACCAUCCCAAUAUUUCACCUAGUAAUGGACAUAAUAUUUUCACAAAUUCUUCAGUCAAGUCGGGAAUUAAAAUACCUAGUAGUUCAGGAACGACACCAACGCAAUCACAUUUACUGACUGCCUACUCACCAAAGACUGCUAAUUUCCACCGAAGUUUAAGUCAAUAUCCUAGAGGCUAUAUUUGCAGUGGUGGUAGUUGCUGCAAUACCAUUAAGGGACUUGCAGGUUUGGGAGAAUCAUGCGCAUUAGUGGGUAAAAUCGGUAAUGAUCCUUUGGGAGUGCUGUACAGAAAUCACUUGACGAAACGACAAGUAUUUCCUCUCAUGUCCAUGUCUCCACUCACAAGAACUGGUGAAGUCAUUUGUUUAAUUACACCUGAUGGACAACGAACAAUGAGAGCGUUCUUGGGCUCAAGUCUCGAAAUGACAGCCGAUGAUUUGGUUCCUAGUGAUUUCAAUGGAAUUAAACUUUUACACGUCGAAGGUUAUGCAAUUUAUAACCAACCAUUGACGAUUAGAGCAAUUCAAUUGGCCAAAUCAGUUGGUGCUAUGGUUUCUUUUGACUUGGGAAGCUUUGAAUUGGCAAGAAGUUUUAAACCACUCAUUUUGGAAUAUUUAUCAAAUUAUGUAGAUAUUGUUUUCUGUAACUCUGAGGAAGCUCGAGAAUUACUUGGACAGGACGAUCCUGAAGCUGCUGUUGAGUAUUUAGCAAGCUUUUGUAGAGUUGCAAUUGUUAUGAUGGGACGAGAAGGUUGUUGGGUGAAAGAAGGCACUUCACCUGGUAAAACCGGAAAAGGAGAGAAGUACAGACAUCAUUUGUCUCCAGAAGAGGUUGUAGAACAUCCCCUUGAUACCACAGGAGCAGGUGACUUGUUUGCUGCUGGAUUUUUGUAUGGCUAUUUGCAAGGAUAUUCUAUUGAACAAUGUGCACGUUUGGGUAGCUUGAACGCUCGAGAAGUUGUCAUGGUGAUGGGUGCUGAAGUACCACAAGAAAAAUUCAAAGAAAUUAAGGGAUCUGUGAAUAAGGAUUUCCGUUUGAGGUCCUCCAGUAUGACCAUUGGCACUUCUCGCCCAACGCUUGUUAGAAAAUUGAGCAGCACUGGCUCUUCAUUGGCAAGUAGUUUGGAAGAGUACAAGCAUCAAAAGAUUGGAUCUGCAAAUUUAGAAUAUGAUAUUGCUUUUGAAUAUGAUUUGGAAGAAGAAGAGGGUGAACAAGGAGAACCCACUGAAGAAGCAGACGAUGACGAGUCAGAAAAUGAAGAUACUGUUUCUAACAUGCAAUCCAAACAUCGUCCUGUGGAAGCAAUGUUUGAACUUGAAUAA